AUGGUCCAAAAACAGGCUAAGAAAGCUUGUGACGCCUGCCACAAACGGAAAGUAUACUACAGAUCCAAACAAACAUCAGAAGGAAGCCUUGUAGAAAGAUUGAGAAAAGUGGAAGAAGCACUCGCUCAAACACUUGCCGCCCAGAACGAUUCUCUCAGCCGAGUAUCACAGCAUUUUACUUCGAGUUCCUUUCCCUCACAAAACAAGCGGAAUCAUGAAAACUCAACAAUAAAUACCGGUCAAGAGCACACUCAGGUGGCUGUUACACAGCCAGACCCAUCUAAUUCUCCCAUGCUGGACUCAGAAUCUGUUGUCCAAAGAGAGAGUCUCCCUCCUGUUGUGGCCUCCCCUAGUGCUGUCUCAUAUGGCCAGCUCCAUUUCGGUGGCUUUCAUCUAGGCCAUAUUAGUCAACACAACGGGCUGCCACUGAUCUCAGAUCAAGGCAAGGAGUGGAUUGCGUCUAAGACCGGAUUAAUUAUCGAUUUCGACGCAGGACAACAGCUUCUCCCGACACUUGCACUACCCUUGUCAGCACACCAUUUCACCGACCCACAGGAUCUAUACACUCUCCCAGAUAGAUUGGCCAUCGAAACAAUGUUCAAUGCGUUUGCCAAUUCCUCCUUCAGACUUGUCUUCCCGGUCGUGGAUCCACAGCUAUUCUAUGAUACAAUCAACCUUGCAUAUCUUAACUGGAGUGGAAAAUCUCCCUCACUUGAGCAAAUAAGCCAGAAAGCCUGUGUCCUGGCCUUCGCGUCUAUGAUACCACUAUUCCAAGGGUCAUUGACUGAUCUGCCACCUGUAGACACCGAUCUUUGUGCCACAAAAGCUCGCUAUAUUCUUACGGAUGUUCUUGAGGGAUCGAGCCUUGUCACUCUCCAAACGGCCUUCAUGCUGAAUAUGCAUGAGAUCUUCCUAGGACGACUCCGUUCCGCUUCGAUGUUUCACGCCAUUGCUUGUCGCAUGGUCUUUACCCAUGGUGGUCAUCACUACACCACAACUGAGACCAACAACGGUCAUAUCUCUCACGAUGGCCGACAUCGUCGCCAAACAAGACUGCUCUUCUGGCUUACCUACAUCUUCGACAAGGACAUUGCUCUUCGAACCGGCCAACCUCCUUUGAUGUCUGAUGAGUACUGCGACCUGACCCUUCCAGAGAACUACCUGGAGUGCUACGAAUAUCUCCCCGACUUAACUCAUCAUCUUCCUCCCGAGUCUCUUGGCGACAAUGGCCUCGCACCCCAUCUUCCAGGGGAUCCACGUCUUAGUCAUAUCAAGGAAAAGACCAGCCGCUUGCUCUACUCCGCGCAAGCCGCUAAAAAAACCCCUGCCCAACUUCUAUUUGACAUUAGAGAUUUGGACAACGAAUUGGAAACUUGGAGAAAGUCUAUUCCGCCAAACUUUCGACCCCAACUUUCUAUUGUCAAAGACUCUCAAGUCAACGUUGAAGAGAUGCAUCUUCCGCGUAGCAUGCGAGCCAUUACCCUUCACCUUGAAUACCAUCACCUUCUGGCUACUAUUCAUCGCGCUAGUGGCAGAUGCAUGCAUGAUCCUGACCAUGAGGAGUCAAACAUUGAUGCACAGUGGCGCUCUACUAUUGAAUCAGGCGUUGAAUCAAGCAUUACUCUGGCGCUGGAAGCGAGUCGUUCAACGCUUGUGUACCUCAAGGCGACUUUGAAAGGUCUGGCUGGUGAAGCCUUCUGGAUUGUUGUGUUUUACCCCACCGCUGCUAUGAUUACUAUCUUCUUCAAUAUCCUCAUGCACCCCCUCCGUGUAACGGCCCAUGCAGACCUUGAACUACUUGUAUCUGCCACUGAGCUGAUCCACAACCUUCCAUUAUCGAACCACACAUGUCAGCAAGAUGAACAGACGACUCUCGUCAAGGGGUUUUGCAUGGAGCUUGUUCGCCUAGCCAGCGGUGCAAUCAGAAAAGCUACCUCUGCAUUGCAGCAAGAAAAUGAUGUCUGCUAA